AUGCAUCCAGAAUUCCCUGACGAGGAUAUUAUGGCCCUGUUUGAGGAAGAAUGUGAAGAUGAAGACAUAGAUAAUUGGAUUGUAUGGUUUAAUGGUGCAUCUAAUGUGCUGGGUCAUGGAAUUGGGGCAGUGUUGGUUUCGCCAAACAAACAAUGUUUGCCUUUCACGGCUAGAUUGUGUUUCAAUUGUACAAAUAAUAUGGCGGAGUACGAAGCAUGCACCCUAGGGAUCCGGGCAGCAAUCAACUUUAGGGUCAAGUUGCUUAAAGUGUUCGAAGAUUCGGUGUUGGUAAUCCAUCAACUGAGAGGUGAAUGGGAGACCAGAGACCAUAAGUUGAUACCUUAUCAGGCUUACAUCAAGGAAUUAAUGGAACUCUUUGAUGAUAUAUCAUUUCACCAUAUUCCUAGAGAGGAAAACCAAGUGAUUGAUGCUCUUGCCACUCUGUCGUCCAUGUUCAAAAUAGGCCCUCACGGAGAUUUGUCAUGCAUAGACAUCAGAGGCCACAUUAAGCCUACACACUGUUGUUUGAUAGAAGAAGCGGAGGAUGGUAAGCCUUGGUAUUUCGAUAUGAAAUGA